AUGCAUACGCCAUCUCUAUCAACCUCUUUCUCGCAGAUUCGGGAAGCUGAUGAAACUUUGUUUCCAGUUGUACCAGUGCAAGGAGCUAAAGAAAAUGGUGAAGAGAAAAUGUUCGAUUGUUGUUGUGAUGUAGUAGUAGAAGGUUGUAACGAGAAUCCAGUAGAUGUUGUAGUGGGUGCUGGAGUUGCUGUUGAUGUACCAAAUAGAUUUGAUGUUUGCGUUUGUGGUUUGUUUAGACUGAAUGGAGUCAUUGUAGUCGUGGUUGUUGUUGUCAAAGGUUUUUGUGUACUUGAAUUAAUUCCGGUACUACCGCCAAAUAUACUUCGCGGAGUUACACCAGUUGCUCCAGCACCGCCAAACCCACUCCCCCCCGGAGCAUUUGAGCUCCCUGUUCCAAAACCAAAGCCAGCACCACUAGUACCAAAGGUUGUAGUUGGUUUAUUGCCUUGUUGUUGA